CUUAAUGCGGGUGGCGACGCUUUCUGAAAAACUGAUAGUGUUCUUUUAAAGCAGAUUAAUGCAAACGCAGUAGUUCUGACUCGGCUGAUUCUCAGGGGGGUUGCGUUAUUCUCGCAAACGGCCUGGGUUUUAGUAGUUGCUGGAGCGUGAGUUUUGCUUGAUGGUAGAAGGACGUGAGCGGAGGUGAACGUGCAAAUUAAAAAUAUCCUCAAGUUGUCUUUGGAAUCGUGGAGAGGUGGAUGGAGCUGGCAGACGGAGAGGAUUUGCACUUGUCCGGUUGCGCUUCCUGGUGGCGUUUCAUGCGUGUUCCCAUAAACGCUGUUAUGUAACGGUGCUUCUCUUGGCAGGAGCCUCUCUUGUCACAGCAGCUCCCGAGGCUUCUGGAGAGACGCGGUUUGUGCAGGAGAGCCACGGUGUGUGAAUCAACCUAUCAUCACUGAAUCAUCACUUUCAUCUUACUUGAAAACUUUUGUGUGCCAGCUUGUAUUGUUAACAUCAGAUUGAGGUGCUCCUAAUCAACCAGAUCUUUCGGGGAUUUUUUUAAAAGAAACUUUUGUGGGUAAAAGAUGUGCCAUGGAAUGGUAGCACCAAAGAGCAACACAGGAUCGUCUCUUGCCUUGACUGGCCAUGGGUUAUUUCUUCUGCUAGUUAUCUUUGGUACCUUUAUCGUGGAAGCACAGGCCACAGGUUGGCUCAGCAAAUCCAAAGGACCUACAUAUUGUCCACAACCACCACAGCCUGAGAAUGGAGGCUAUAAAUGCCACCCUAGUCCCUGCAAUGACCCUCUAACUUCAGGCAGUGUCAUAGAGUAUCUGUGUGUUGAAGGCUACAUGCUGAAGGGAGAUUAUAAAUACCUGACCUGCAAGAAUGGACAGUGGAACCCAGCCAUGGAAGUUAGCUGCAGACUCAGCCCGGAAAAGGACUCUCCCCCAACAAUUGGAGUACCUACACUCUCCAUAGUGGCCUCCACAGCAAGCUCCGUUGCCCUGAUUCUUCUCUUAGUCGUACUUUUUGUUUUGCUGCAGCCAAAGCUGAAGUCAUUCCAUCACAGCAGGCGCGACCAAGGUGUGUCCGGGGAUCAGGUCUCUAUCAUGGUGGAUGGUGUCCAGGUGGCCCUGCCAUCCUACGAAGAAGCAGUGUAUGGCAGCGCAGGAAACUGCAUUCCACCAUCGGAUUCCCGGGUGCAGAUCGUGCUGUCAGAGGGAGCUGGGCAGAACGGAGCCAGAGAGAUGCAGCAGCAGGACCAGGGGGCUUGCAAUAGCUUUGAUAGAGAGGAAGAAGCCCCCGGACAUUCUGGACUGUGUGAAGCCAGCGGUUCCCAGCGCUCUGAAACUGUUCUUGUGCAUCAGGCUGCUACCUCUUCCUGGGUAGCUGGCAUGUCUAGUAGUAGACCUAUGCAGAAAGAGGUCCAAGACUCAGAAAGCAGUGACAUACAGAGCCUUUUAUCACUCACUUCCUCUGAGGAAUACACAGAUGAUAUUCCGUUAUUGAAGGAAGCAUGAGGCUUGCUGCAUUCAUCCAGCCUUCAUGGAUUUCUCUUUUCUCCUCCCCUCAAGACAGAAGCACUCUGUGCAGCCUUCCCUGUCCUCGCAAGCUAUGCUCUGGAUACCUCCAAGCAGAGACCCCCUCAGCUGAAGAUCCAAAGGAUGUUGCCAGGUUGCCUCCUGGAUGCACCAGUGGGGUUGGUGCAGUGCUGGCUUCCCCAUUCCAUCUGCAUCUGGGGCUCAAGGAACAUAGUGGAUUUGAGCUCUCCUCUGCUCUUCCCCAGCCAGAUGUUUGACAGCAGUCUCUGGAGAGCUGCUCUUUUCUUGUGCCUUUCUCUUCCUCACACCGGCUUGUCGCAGCUUCUUCUCAGCCUCUCUAGCCCUUCUGCUGCCCAGAGAGCAGGGCUAAGCCUGCUUGCUCAUUGGGUGCAGACACAGUUUAUAUAUACAUAUGUAUAUUAUAUAGGCUCUUUUUCUAGAAUCCUCUUUGAUAGGGCAGGACAAAUGGGACUGAAUCUGGGCUUAGGAGAGAUUCCAGUUACAAGGCAACUUGUGAUGUCUAGAAGUGCCUGGAAUGAGAUGGGCUGUGUGAUAACUUAGCUGUGCAAUAACAAUUCCUUGAGAUUUGCUAGAGCUCUGAAGGCAGAGAAGUCCAGUGUUUGGGAAAGCCCUCUGCCUCUCUCAAUACCUUCUGGUAUAGCAGAGCAAUUGCAUCUCUACAAGAGUCCACUCUUGAAAAUCUCACUCUUCUUCCUUCAGUACCAGUGCAGUCCACUCAGCUGUGCUGGAAGCUGGGACUGUGACUGUCCUGCAGACAAGACAACGCUUUUGGCUUUGGUCUGGUGCUGGAGCAGCUCCUGAUGGUAGAUUGUGGGAGAGCCAUGGUGGCCACUGGUCAGCAGGGUCCAGAAAGGAACACAUUUAUAAACAAGACAGGAGGAUUUGACUUCCAGUUAACCAAGCCUACGUUAAUUGUGAGUUAGUUGCAUUCACUUAGACAUCAGGACUGGAACCUGAUUUGUGGCCCUUUUCUUCUGAAUAUGUUGUGUGUCUUAAAAAGCUUUUCCAGUUACUAAGGUUGUUCUGCGCUAUUGCUUGGGUUCCCCUUGUGCAGGUCUUCAGGCAGAAGUAAUGCUUUUCGGAUGUAACCUGGUAGAAGUUCUUGUGUUUGAAACUGUCAGGAGAAAAAUGCCUGUGUGUAGUAAGUUUGGGUGCAAUCCCAAAUUACAUUGCCAUACUAGGUACCUGAGUACUUGAAUCCUGGAUAACUACCAUCCAAAUGGCUAGUGUGUUUUCCUAGCUUCAUAUAGUCAGUCUCUGCAGUUUUAACCUUUAGUGGGCCUACACAGAACAGUUUCUUCCUUGUGGCUGGGGAUCAAAGGGCUUUGUAAAGUCUCUCCUAAAUAUUGCAUGGUUGCCCGUCGCUGUGAAGGAAGGUUGGCUACAUUUGGUCAGUGGUGUCAGAAGAUAUCACAAUUUAUUUCAGAACAAAAAUAUGAAAGAUUGUUUUAAGGUAUUAAAGAUUGUUUUAAGGUAUGUAUAUGUCCUUACCCCACAGUUACCUAUGGCAGAUCAGUGUGUCCUGAUCGCUGUGGGAUGGGUGAGCCAAACAAAAAACACUGUGGUAGUUGCAGGGUUCAGUGGGGUGGUCUGGAAACAGUAUGCCUUGGAACUGGUUUCAGCAGAAGAUUAAGCUGCUUAGAAAGAUGUGUGUACCUCCUCAAAACUGCUUUGAGGCAACCAAGGCAGCGCAUGCCCUGUGAGAAGCUGCUAAAUUCUCAUUGUGUUGAAGGAACAAAAUGUCGUGGCCUUACACGUUACGUGGUAAUAUACAGGUGAACAGGGCUUCUGUUUUAUGAUACUCAGUGCUCAUCCUUGUUGCUCUGGGAACAGACUGUCACAGCACUUGGUAAAAGUGACAUGACACUUCUGGGGUUUUUUUAGGCGUUAAGACUGUGGCUUUGAUCCAGUUCCUGGAAAUAUGGAUUGGCCAUGGUAUCCAGCCAUCUGCCUGCUGCUCCUGCUCUAGUUAGUGUUAAUUCUUAGGACAGCUGGGACAGCACAUACCUGUGGAUGGAAGAGUGCUAUUUUCCCUAUCCUUGUUUUAGAAGGACAUUAUUAAAUUAAAAAUUCAGUAUUGUAACUUCCUUCCCUGCUGCUCAUAUCUUAGGCUAACACAAGAUUUUGAUAAAUUCAGUUUGUUUGAGUUUGGGUUUUUUGUUCAGUUUGGAUGAUGAAAACUCCAUGUCAUUUUACAUAGGGCUUUAACGUUUCAACUUUAAGCAGUGUAGAGGGUAAAUGUUAUUUACCCAUCUGGUGUUAAAAGUUUAGAAAAUAACAGUAUGGGAAUGUUCUUAGUUUUUAAUUCCUGCCUUAAGAAAUGAUGUAAUUUUGAGCAGUUUCUCAUUCACUGGUUUUAUCAAAGCACCUGGAGGGAGUGAGAGAGUGUAUAGUGGGAAGGGAAGAAUAUAUGACCUUGUUCCUGCUUCGUAGUGAGAACGGAGUAGGAGGAAUUGCUCUUUACAUAGUUUAAGGACCUAUCUACUUAGACUUAGCUGCCCCAACAGCAGAGGUGCAGAAGCCAGGUGCAUGCCGUCUUCGUGCAAGGUACAGUCCUGAACUCAGUGUAGUGCUGGGUUGGUGGAAGAAGUGAUCGCACACUCAACUAGCAACGAGCAUCUACCGAGUGGCCGUGCCUCCUUACGCUGCUGUUGUAAGGUGAUCAGCCACCAGUUUGGGAGAAAAAUUUCAAUUUGGGUGGGGAGGAGAAGGAAGCUGCAAAGAAGACGUGCUAUACUUUGGUUUCAUUUAUAGAAAUUGUGGGAAAUGGUUUUCCAAAAAAAGAAAAAAAUGUAGGUGGAGGGAAACAUAAGUGUAGGCGUAGACCUUGUGAUCAGGCCUAAACAGUCAACAUCUCUUGGCUUGCUAAGAGGGUAAAAACGUGCUGCUUGUGGCUUAAGCUGGUGUCCCUGCUGUGCUGGCUUGCAACCCCGGCUGGCUCUCCUGGUGGCCUUGACCGCUGCAGCAACAGUGCCAUGUGGAAAUGGGCCUUUAGGACCUGUGCAAGCCACAACGUGAAUAUACAGCUUGUGAAUUACCACAUUUCUCUUUCCCAAGUCCUCAGCUUUGGAGUUUAUUGUCAUGUAAAAUAAGGUAGAGUCGUUGAGAGUGGAACCUCAAGAGUUAUUUUUUCUUGAUAAUCCUUUUGAAAGGAAAGGGAAGGGAGGCCGAUUUCAUCUUAUUUAUUGAUUAUCCAGUGAUUGUUAAUCACUAGUACUUGUUUUAAUUCUGUGGAGGCCAAAGGAUUGAGAAGUCUUCGGGCAGAGAUUCAGAAAGACGAACUAAACCGCACACUCCUGUCUUUAUUCACUGGAGCAAGGACUGAGACUUCAAGAUCCUCAGUCGUGAGCUCUGUUCUAUCUCAGGAGCGUUCAUUACCUCUAAGCAAAGAGUGUGUCCUCUCUGAUAGUAGUCAUAGGUAGAUGCAGCCUGGAUCUCAAUGUACGGCAGGGGUCAGCUUUGUAAGAGGCAACAUAGUGGAUGGGUUGGGGUUUUGUUUUUCUUUCUUUUUUUUUUUUUUCCUUAUUGAUGGGGCCACCACUUCCUUACCUCUUUUCCCACCUGUGCCUGGCAACAGAACUCAAAGGGAGGCAUUUUUUCUUAUUUAACACUCCCUCCAUAAUCAUCUCAUUCUGUCAUACUUGCUGGACUCUGAGAUGUUUAACAACAACAUUAAAAUGAUUUAGUUACAUUGGAAAAUUCAAAAUAACACUUAUUUAAAGAUUUUGUUUGUUUUUCAUGGGUUUGUUUAAGAAUCAGAUAGGUUAGAAAAUUAAAAGAGCAUUUCAGAAAUUCACAAAAUACUAUGUGCAAUAGAAAAACCUCCUUGCUUGCUUUGAGUUACGUGGGUUUUUGGAACAAAAUACAAACUACUGCAAUGUUUACAACCCAAGCGUUACAGAACUGGACCAGUCUAAGAGAACCAGAAAGUGAAGCUGAAAGUAACCCAUGAGGAAUGGAGCAGUCUCCUGUCGGGGUCUGCGUCAUGAGGCUCAGAUCAAGUGAUGAGCCAGCUUGGAUUGUGUCAGUGCCUUCAGUCACCUCGGAAGGGGUCAGCAGCUUUGGCAAGAGAAAUGGUUUUGUGACCUGGUUGGUUGGUUAGUUUGUUUGUUUUUAAUAGCUUGCAUCUCCCCAGCAUUAAGUGUAGAAGUGGUUAAAAAAUGAAGCCAGAAGGAGGGACGUUUUGCAGUAUGGGAGCCUAUGGAAUUGUUACUGAGUUAAAACUCCAUGAAUUUGGAAAGGAGUAGAGCUUAGUGCAUUUAUUUGGUAUUUCAGCACAUAUAGAAGUCAACUGUGUGAGGAAUAAACAUACUCCAGUUGUUGGGGGAGGGAACAUACUACUCCCAGAGUAGAUGAUUUGGGUUGUAUUGAGGAGUGGGGUGAGGGAAGAGCAACAGCCCCAGCCAUUGGAAAUAACCUAGGAAGGUGAGUAAAUCAUUCGCAGUACAGAAGAAGGAACACAAGAAGAAAGGGGAGCGAGGAAGAGCUAGGAUUAGCCUGCAACGUACCUCUGUGCUUAAUGGAGCCAGUGCAUCCAUAGCUAGCUGUAAGGAAGCUGCUCUUUGCCUAGAUAAUCUCGCAGGCACCAGCAGGCUUGCUGUAUGAAAAAUGAUAACAUGCAACUAGUUGGACAUACUGAGAUUUCCUUGCUGACCUUUCUAGAGCGUAUUUGCCAAACCUGCUUUUACUGUUCUGAUGGCAACUGUUUAAAAAAAAAAAAAAAAAAAAAAAAAAAAUCUGCCCUUUUACUCCAUCCAGAUACCUAAGCUAUUUCACUUUCUGGUUCCUGUAAAUAAAUGCAACGCAUCCCAUCCGUUUUCCACGCGCCCCGCAUCCUUCCUCAGCCCAGCCCCUGCGGAACUUGGAGCGAGCGGCAGGUUCGGUUUGUUCUGUGUGAGAAGCUUUGAGUGCAGAGGAACUUUGAGAACAUUUAUUCUGUAUGAGAGGCUUUGCAAGUGCAGAGAAGUUUCUUAGAGCAGGCUUGUUUUAAGGAGUAUUUUUAUACAGGAAAUAAACCCUCUUCCAGCCGUACUCAGAACAGUGUUCAUACCAACGCAAGAGUUACUGUCCUGAGUAUCCGGCCCCUCCUCCUGCCCCCCCACGGGGCGGGAAGCAUGCAAUUUCCCACACUUCUCUUCCGGGCUCAGAGUCCAGCACCGCUUCUGAACUUGGCCUUCUGCAGAUUACGUGCGGAGAUUAUAUAUAUCUGUAAAAAUGUGCACCCACUGGAGUGGAUUCUGCUGAUGCUCUGCAUAUGCUUUGCGUAAGCUGUGCUUUUGCUUCUGUCCUUGCUCACCCCAGGACAGAAGCAACUGAGUAGUACAGGAAGAUGUUUUAGUUCUGAUUUUCAACUUCACUUAAUUCAGAAAGAUGAAAACACUGAGCUGUCCGUGGAGCGGGUGUCCUGUGAUGCGGUGGGUAGACUGCCAGUAGUUGCUGAUGCAAAUGCAAGGGGAGCUUGGUUGCCUUCAGUGCAUUAAUCUUUUUUUCCUGUUUGGUUGUGUUUUUUGUUUUGUUUUGUUUUAACCUGAAUUGCACCACUAUGGAAUUAUUUGCAGAAUGGUACUCCAUAUAUAUGUGGGUUUAAAAAACAAAACCAUAAUUGAUGCUGUGCAGGAUGUCACUCAAUCAGUUUUAUUUUGCUUUAUUUUAUAUAUAUUUUCUGGUAUCCUGUACAUUGCAGUGGGUGUGAAGAUAGUAUUUUAAUAUUUGUACAAAGUUUAAUUUAAUUGUUCUAUGUAUAUAACUGCAUUUCUAAAUUAAAAAAAAAAAUCUUUUGAAGUGAA